AGGGGGAGAGGGACCUAUUUAAAGCUACCCUGUUGCUCAGACUGUCUCUGUCUGUCUGCCAGGGUCUCCAGCUGCCCCAGACAGGCGGUGUGGUCUUGGGAUCCUCCUGGUGACCUUUCCAGCCUAGGUACCCUCAGCCACUCUGCCCCAAGAUGGGUCGUGGGGCAGGGCGUGAGUACUCGCCUGCCGCCACCACCGCGGAGAAUGGGGGUGGCAAGAAGAAGCAGAAAGAGAAAGAACUGGAUGAGCUGAAGAAGGAGGUUGCCAUGGAUGACCACAAGCUGUCCCUGGAUGAGCUGGGCCGAAAAUACCAAGUGGAUCUGUCUAAGGGCCUCACCAACCAGCGAGCUCAGGAUAUUCUGGCUAGAGAUGGACCCAACGCCCUCACUCCACCCCCCACAACUCCUGAGUGGGUCAAGUUCUGUCGUCAGCUUUUUGGGGGCUUCUCUAUCCUGCUGUGGAUUGGGGCUCUCCUCUGCUUCUUAGCCUAUGGUAUCCUGGCCGCCAUGGAGGACGAACCAUCCAACGAUAAUUUAUAUCUAGGCAUCGUGCUGGCAGCUGUGGUUAUUGUCACUGGCUGCUUCUCCUACUACCAGGAGGCCAAGAGCUCCAAGAUCAUGGAUUCCUUCAAGAACAUGGUGCCUCAGCAAGCUCUGGUCAUCCGGGAGGGCGAGAAGAUGCAGAUCAAUGCGGAGGAGGUGGUGGUGGGAGACCUGGUGGAGGUGAAGGGUGGAGACCGUGUCCCCGCCGACCUGAGGAUCAUCUCUUCCCACGGUUGCAAGGUGGAUAACUCAUCCCUAACGGGGGAGUCGGAGCCCCAGACCCGUUCCCCUGAGUUCACCCAUGAGAACCCCUUGGAGACCCGCAAUAUCUGUUUCUUCUCUACCAACUGUGUGGAAGGCACUGCCAGGGGCAUUGUGAUUGCCACAGGUGACCGGACAGUGAUGGGCCGCAUAGCCACUCUGGCCUCUGGCCUAGAGGUGGGACAGACACCCAUCGCCAUGGAGAUAGAGCAUUUCAUCCAGCUGAUCACAGGGGUGGCGGUGUUUCUUGGUGUCUCCUUCUUCGUCCUGUCCCUCAUCCUGGGCUACAGCUGGCUGGAGGCGGUCAUCUUCCUCAUCGGCAUCAUCGUAGCCAACGUGCCCGAAGGGCUUUUGGCCACUGUUACUGUGUGCCUGACGCUGACAGCCAAGCGCAUGGCUCGCAAGAACUGUCUGGUGAAGAACCUGGAGGCGGUGGAGACGCUGGGCUCCACAUCCACCAUCUGCUCGGACAAGACGGGCACCCUCACCCAGAACCGCAUGACAGUGGCUCACAUGUGGUUUGAUAACCAGAUCCACGAGGCUGACACCACAGAAGACCAGUCUGGGGCCACUUUUGACAAACGGUCCCCGACGUGGACAGCCCUGUCUCGGAUUGCUGGUCUCUGCAACCGUGCUGUCUUCAAGGCUGGGCAGGAAAACAUCUCCGUGUCUAAGCGGGACACAGCUGGUGACGCCUCUGAGUCAGCUCUGCUCAAGUGCAUCGAGCUGUCCUGUGGCUCAGUGAGGAAGAUGAGGGACAGCAACCCUAAGGUGGCAGAAAUCCCCUUCAACUCCACCAACAAAUAUCAGCUCUCCAUCCACGAGAGGGAGGACAGCCCCCAGAGCCACGUGCUGGUGAUGAAAGGCGCCCCAGAGCGCAUCCUGGACCGGUGCUCCACCAUCCUGGUACAGGGCAAGGAGAUCCCUCUGGACAAGGAGAUGCAAGAUGCCUUUCAGAACGCCUACAUGGAGCUGGGAGGACUCGGGGAGCGAGUGCUGGGCUUCUGUCAGCUGAACCUGCCUUCUGGGAAGUUUCCUAGGGGCUUUAAAUUUGACACGGAUGAGCUGAACUUUCCCACAGAGAAACUCUGCUUUGUGGGGCUCAUGUCUAUGAUUGAUCCCCCGAGAGCAGCUGUGCCAGAUGCGGUGGGCAAGUGCCGAAGUGCGGGCAUCAAGGUGAUCAUGGUGACUGGGGACCACCCUAUCACAGCCAAGGCCAUUGCCAAAGGGGUGGGCAUUAUAUCGGAGGGGAACGAGACUGUGGAGGACAUCGCAGCCAGGCUCAACAUCCCUGUGAGUCAAGUCAAUCCCAGAGAAGCCAAGGCAUGUGUUGUGCACGGCUCAGACCUGAAGGACAUGACAUCAGAGCAGCUGGAUGAGAUCCUCAGGGACCACACGGAGAUCGUCUUUGCCCGGACCUCCCCUCAGCAGAAGCUCAUCAUUGUGGAGGGGUGUCAGAGGCAGGGAGCCAUUGUAGCAGUGACUGGCGAUGGGGUGAACGACUCCCCUGCGCUGAAGAAAGCUGACAUCGGCAUCGCCAUGGGCAUCUCUGGCUCUGAUGUCUCUAAGCAGGCGGCUGACAUGAUCCUUCUCGACGACAACUUUGCCUCCAUUGUGACAGGCGUGGAGGAGGGCCGCCUGAUCUUUGACAACUUGAAGAAGUCCAUCGCCUACACCCUGACCAGCAACAUCCCUGAGAUCACCCCCUUCCUGCUGUUCAUCAUCGCCAAUAUCCCCCUGCCCCUGGGCACUGUGACCAUCCUGUGCAUCGACCUGGGCACAGACAUGGUGCCUGCGAUCUCAUUAGCAUACGAAGCAGCUGAGAGCGACAUCAUGAAGAGGCAGCCACGAAACCCCCAGACAGACAAGCUGGUGAACGAGAGGCUCAUCAGCAUGGCUUACGGACAGAUUGGCAUGAUCCAGGCUCUGGGCGGCUUCUUCACCUACUUUGUGAUACUGGCAGAGAACGGGUUUCUACCAUCGCGAUUGCUAGGGAUCCGCCUUGACUGGGAUGAUCGGACUACCAAUGACCUCGAGGACAGCUACGGACAAGAGUGGACCUAUGAGCAGCGGAAGGUGGUGGAGUUCACAUGCCACACGGCCUUCUUUGCCAGCAUCGUGGUUGUGCAGUGGGCUGACCUCAUCAUCUGCAAGACCCGACGCAACUCAGUGUUCCAGCAGGGCAUGAAGAACAAGAUCCUGAUUUUUGGACUGCUAGAAGAGACAGCUUUGGCUGCCUUCCUGUCUUACUGCCCCGGUAUGGGCGUGGCCCUCCGCAUGUACCCACUCAAGGUCACGUGGUGGUUCUGCGCCUUCCCCUACAGUCUUCUCAUCUUCAUCUACGAUGAAGUCCGAAAGCUCAUUCUACGGCGCUAUCCCGGGGGUUGGGUGGAGAAGGAGACCUACUACUGAGCUCAGCGGCAAAGGAAGAACGGGGGAGAUGGGGCGCCCUGGAGGGGUUGCUGGGGUUGUGGUGAAGGGAAGGGCUGGGGAGACACAAGGAGGCAACUUCUUGAACUAAGAUGGCAGGCGUGGGUAAAUAAACUGAAGGAGACUGCUUCAGCUGCUCCAUAGCUCACGCUGUGGACCCUAAGAUCGUCCAUGGUGGGAUCGUCUCUUCAGAUCCUUCUUAUCCCACUCCCCCACGCUGUCUACGUUUCCUGAAGAACCCGGGGAGUGGGGGGGUUGCCCCAGCCCUCCCUGAGUCCCAGCCCUUCACCCUCACCUGUGUUAUUCAAACGGAUCAACACCCAAAAGUUAAUCCUGUCUAAUCCUGGAGGAAAGCCUCUCAGGGCACCAAGUGUCUGUGACCCCCCCACUCCGUUCCUCUUCCCAUUCUUGCCUCCCUUCCCUUCCUACCUGAGCCUUCCCCUGCUCCUCCCCCUCACGCCUUGAAAACACAAAAUUCUCCUUCUGUGAGUGCAAGAGCCUGGGGCCAGAAAAGAAAGCUGGUUGGAGAGAGUAGGUCUGUCUCCCAGCCAAGGCCAGUCAGGAACCAGAAAGGAGCUGGGGUGCACUGGCUGAGGAGGAAAGAAAGAAAGAAAGAAAGAAAGAAAGAAAGAAAGAAAGA